AUGCCCAGAUACCGCACACACAGACACAUACACACGCACACACACAUACACACACACACUUCCACCUUCGGUCCCGCCCCGGCCACCCGCCUUUUGGGCUCCGGCCCCGCCAGCAACCCGCCGCCCCGCCAUUACGCUCCCCGCCCCUGCGCCGCGCCUGCUGCACGCUACGCGCUGUUCUGUGCCGCAGCGAGGUCCAUCUACUGCUACGAGUGCGACUCGUGGACCGACCCGCGCUGCAGAGACCCGUUCAACUACACGGCGCUGCCGCGAGAGCAGCCGCCCCUCAUGACCUGUAACGGCUGCUGCGUCAAGAUGGUGCGCAACGCCAGAAGCCGCUACGAAAGCGUGCGGCGCACAUGCACCUCCCAGUUGCAGAUCAACCUCUUCAUGGUGGAUCACGUGUGUAUGAUGGAAAGUAGUGGCACCGGUCACAUGUGCUUUUGCGAAGAGGACAUGUGCAACACGGGCGCCCGCCCCACCGUCGAUAUAAUGGGACCUUUGGGCCCUCUGUUAUUGCUCCUUCCCCUCCUGGCCGCCCUGGUCGCUAACGCUACCCUGUUGGCCUCGCCUAGUCUCUCCAGGCCUUCUAGGGCACCGCCCAACCACGCUCCGGCCCCAGCCCCCGCCCCUGCCCCAAGUUCACUGCAGACCGCGCCCUGCCGCCCCCGCCUUCGCCUUUGCCGCGCCCAACCUGCAAUUCCACUGCAAAAGCUAUUGCCAGUACCCACAUGCAUGGUGCAUAGAUAGAUGGAUGAAUACGUUGAGAGGCUACGAAAGCGUUUUCUGAUUAUGAUUCUUCUUCAUAUUGUUUACAUUUUGUUUGUUUAUAUAUUCUAUUAUCUUCCUCCACCGUGUACACGUUUAUUCUAUGACUGUUCGCAGAAAAACGGGAUUGAGACUCCUACAAGUACCUAUUCCGCUCACAAUGUUCGUGCCCACGUGAUAGAAACUCUGGCACCUGAUUUUGUCUCACAAGUUUUGCGCUGCUACCCGUUGUUCACGCUCUUGAACUGUCAAGAACAAACAUGUAUGGGGAGAGGAGUAGUUUCUUCCUACAGCUCCCACAAUAACUUUUCCUACACACCCAAUACGUGCAGACAAAUUCCGUUUGCUCCUUUUCGUGCGUACUUCUCUAAGUUCCGUCUUCUGCGCUGCGACAUUUUUUCUUUAGUCAUCUGUUCAAAUUUGUUGUUUCUAUUAUUCUCAAAAUACAGUCUUUUGAUUAUGUUGUCUUUUGCAUUGUAAUUUUUAAUGAUCAUAAAUGUCAAAACAGACGCGGAUAUUUAGUUAAAGAUAUUUUGUUUCCUUGCCAUCAGUUGUUCUGUUUUUGUUACAAUUGUGCAAUUAAUACGAUAAUUUUGCCACCCGUUAACCUUGUCCGUCCUCAAGUUUUCGAAGGAAAAAUAUGCAUAUGGAGGAGUUCCCUUGCACGGUAUUUAUCCUCGUCCUCGCUAAAUCCUUUCCACAGUACGGGCCCCUUCGAAAUCCUUUCGACUUUAUUCAGGGUAUUCAUCAACGCUUUGCACGAGUGACCUUUUUGUAUUGAAAUUUAUUAUCAUUAUUACUACUAACGUUAUAUUUAUGAAAGGCACUUACGAGAAGGGAAUGCAUAGUGUUUCCCUCAUUCCCUCCUUCAAUGUACCCCGUACGUGCACACAUGGUGUUAUAUACAAUAUAUUGCAUAUAUAUACGUUGUAUUAUCUUCACAAGUGCUGUCCUGUUCGUCCUAAAAUUACAUACAGAAACAUGUUACGUAAUCCAGAGUGCGCCAAAAGUCCUUUUUACCUCUAGAAAGUUGCAUCGUUGAUUAAAACGCUAUAUGUCGUGAUUUCAACCGAUGAAGUAACUGAAGUAAUCAGUUCUUUUGACGCACACCUGGUCAUGUCAACUGCAACCUUUCUUGCAUAAUUAUUUUCCUGUAAAGUUAAUGUAAAUGUAGAUAUAACGCAUACGAUUAAUGCAAAUUUUAUCCUAUUUGAGAGACAAUUUUUGCUUCUUUACGUGAGUGUAAUAUUAAUAUAUUACACAAACACAGGGUAUGAAUAAUCACGCACGGAAUUCCUAUUUUGGAAUUUGAAUUUUCAUUUUCCGAAGUAUCUGCUAUUAAGAGGCGAAGUGUGAUUGUCGAUUAAUCCCAGCAAUCUAGAGACGGAAACAGAAUGUCACCUCAACUUGGAUGGGAAAUAUCGAAUACGUCGAAUGUUAGACAAUGUCACUGAAAUAUUACUGGAACAAACAUGUUAAAAAAAUUAAUUUGAUGACAUUCUUGAAAGUUAAUAAUACGUUACGUCUACAGAAUACUCUCAUGUCAUAAAAUCGCUGAUCAAACUAAACAGUGAACAAACAUUAGGGAAACCGUUUUGCCUUGUGUAUAGCUCGUUCAUAUAGCGUUGUCAGUGCAAUCUAUUCUGCAAAAUACAGUACACUACCAGACUAUUCAGCAAUAUUUGGCAUUUCGUAAUACUCUGAAUAUAAUCUAGCUUCACGCGACUUGCACCAUGAAUAACGCAACUUUAUAGUAGUGAGUUGCUACUACCUUAAUGACAAUAAACGAAUGAGAUUGAAUGUUUCCCUCACGAAACGUUAUUUCGAGUGGGAAAGGAAUCAAAGGUUGCAGUUGAUCGCUUGGCUAUUGCAGAUGUUCUCUAAAUGAAUUUCCAAACCCUACCCCUCGUUGCCUCUCUCUCUUUUUUAUUUUUUUUAUUCUUUUGUUUACCAUCGGAAAAGGUUGUGCUGUAGUGACGAAUCCUUUGUCUUUUAUCUCUGUCCUUUUCCAAAUGUAGUUUGAAGAUACACCACUUUUUCUUUUAGAAGUCGAAUAAGUCUAACCUUUUCUUUGGGAAAUUGAUCUUUUUGACAGAAAGCCAAAGAGCGUCAUUGUAAUACUUGGUGGAUUAUGUGUACCCAAAAUUAAAAGUAUUCUCCCAUGCUCUAUGUACAGUGUAAAAUGAUUAUAUCGUGUUGUAACAUUUAUUAUCCUUAAUAAAUUUUAGUGUAUGUUCAAUGUUACAUGUUCAUAGUUAUCACAGAAGCUGUCAAAAAGCACAAUUUCCCUCUGAGAAAAGUGUAGUAGAUACUUGUUUUUGUGCAUUUUCGGACCUGAACUUUUUACAGAAAUGAAAUUUCUGCGAAGUGAAAAAUGUGUAGUCAUGUCUUGAUAAAAUUGACUCAUUGAUCCCACCAAUCAUUUAAAGUAGGGGUGGAAAUGGCUUAUAAUGGCGGUAUGCUCAAGAACUUUCCAGAACCGGACAGUAAACAUGAUAGUAAUGAAUGGACACGUGAUGUGGUCUUUCUAUUAUUCCAAUACUUGUUAUGAAAUUGAUAUUGGAAGUUUAAUAGCGUUCUAAAUAAUAUAAAAUGCCUAAAUAAUAAAUAUGUUAUAAAACAAAAGAAUUAUGCCAACUUCAGGCAUCGCGGCUCCGACAUUUUGCUAGAUAUUUCAUAGCAAGUUUUGUAAUUCUUUUAACCUGUCUAAAUCUCUUUAGUGCUUCAAAUGUUGACGGUGUAUGAUAGUCAAAAGUUUUUUAUAUUUGUAAUCCCUUCCUGCUAUUUAAUGACUAGAGUUUCAUGUCCACGAAGUUGCUCUGCUGUACUUUUCGUAUACCAGGAUAUUAUCCAUUUCCACUCCUGCUGAAAUUUGUACAUAAUAUACUAGUAGAAUUGUUACUCUUUAUAACGUUAAUCGAAUCGAUUGAUUAAUGGCAUUGCUUUUCUGUUUUUUAUGCGAACCAUUCCUCUUUAACUGAAGAAAUUAUUUAAUAUUUUAUUGGGGGAGAACGGUCGGUAUUCCAUUUACCAGAAUCUUUAGUUCAUAACUCGGCCUAUUGGUCCUCCGACGCGCAUGACCUGUCUCUAGCAUGGAAUUGUCGUGAGCUUUUUACCAUUCAGAUGCAGGUUAGAUGCGUCGGAUGGUAACAUUUUACACAUUUAUCAAGGCUUGGCUAUAUGUAGAUAUUGUAUAUCACCAUUCGUGCAAUUUCUUCUGAGGAAACCCAGCAACAAAAAAAUUGUUUCAUGUCAACAAUAGAAAAUAUGUAAUACCCUACAGAUUUAUCAGCAUAUGGAAUACUCGUUUCCCCAGAAGAAGUUCACGUUUGUUAAAACUCGUAGAGAGAGCGAGUAGUUGUUUGAACAUAAUCUACUAAACUAAUAACUGUGCCGAAAAUAAUUAUCACGCAUGGUUGUUCUCGAUAAAAGUUUGCAACUCACAGUAGCCUUCACUACUUUUGCUGAUUUCAAAAUUCUUGUUUUGUUUUCUAGUUUGUUUUGAAUUUUCCUCCUUUUUAUGUGACUCUAAAAGGUAACCCGAUCGGACACCCCCAUGUUUAAAAGGUACCCUACCACGAUCUGUAUUAUUUUUGUUGAAAAUAUUUCGAUGUUAAAAGUACUUUGAGUCAAUAAAUGGAAACUGGCUGUAUAUACAAAAUAAUAGAAAAAUUCGUCCCCAGAACCAUGUGACACUUCACAAAUCUUUUUGAGACGAAAAAAACA